AUGAACACAAACUAUCUAAGAACUAAUUAUAAAAUACCUAACUUCACCAGCGAGGAAAGACUAUUUUACCUGGGCCGAAAUCAAGAAUACGAAGAAGAGAGCUCAAUUGUUAGACUUGGAUACGAUGAGAAAAAAAGUCCUACUCACAGAAGCACUUAUUCAAUUGAUGAGUUUAAAUUAAAAGCAUUAUCAACCCCAAAUAAGCCAAGUCACAAACGAACGAUAAGUGGGACACAUGCCUAUUUUACAGAACUCAGAAGUUUUGGGAGCAAGUCUCCACCUUCAAAUUCAGAAAAAAGUGAUGAGUUAAACGGAAACUGCUGUUUAAGCAAAUACACUAAUAAUCAAGUAUUGCCAGAGCUCUGCGAGUAUGAUGAAACCCCAGUUGUAGCCAAUAACGCAGAAGAGCAAAGCCAGACUGAUUUCCCUGAACAAGAAUCUCCACUUGGUCUUGAGGUUUUUGAAGAGAUGAUGGAAAUAAUUUCAAGUAAAGACUCCGAAAAAUCAAAAAAUAAAGCAAAAAGAAUCAGACAGCUUAAAGAAAUACUACUAGAAAAACUAAAAAAGAGCUCUUCUUUCGAUUCAGCAUCUUUUUCUAAAAAUGAGCUACUGAGUACUGAAAGACUUUCUGAGUUAAUAAAAAGCUCUUUUACCUCAAAUCGCACACAAGUUGGGCCUGGGAGUUCAAUUUUACUAAAUGAGCCAAGUAUAGAAGCUCCUGAAUACAAUAAUUUUUUAAAAGGAAUCAAUAAGACUCCUAUCUCAUACUCAAAACUAAGCGGUGAAAAAAAUAACAUGAGUAAAAUUGAGGAGAUUUUAAUGCAUGUUUGCAAAAAGAGCGCAUAUCAGAUAAACAAUAUUAAGCGAAAAAUGAACAAUGCAAAGUGAGCUAAGAGGUUUGUGGUGAUUUUUAAUAGUUCAGAAAAUUCAGAAAAUGUAGGGGUUUAUGGAAAAGAGUUUAUUAAUUUCAGAAAGAUUGAUGGUGAUCAAAGUUUUCCAGAAAAUGUAUUUAAGCCACAAAUUGAACGAGAGCUUGUGUUUGACGAAGAAAAUGAAUUGAAAGAAAUAGAUAGCGAAGACGAAGCUGAUGCGGUUAUUUUAUAUAAGUCAUAA